UUACAUUUGAUUGAUAAUCAAACACAACAUUCAAAUGUUCAAACCAAUGGUUGGACACCGGUAAUUACAACAACAACGGCUACUAUUGCCAAUAAUAAUAAUAAUAAAAAUGGUGGCUACAAUCAUGGCCAUUCAGCGACAAUUUUAUCGUAUACAGCUCUUAAUCCAUCAAUGCAACAAAAAUCCAUAUCAAUGGCCAGUGAUUCAGCAUCAUCAAAUAUUGUUGCAAAAGUUGUUCCAUUAAUCACAUCAAAUAAUAAUAAUAAUAUUGAUCAACAAAAUUCAAUCAACAUUUCAUCACAAUAUUUAGCAUCGGAAUCGAUUUCAAGAAAUAGUUAUCAAACACCACAGAAUGCUUAUAUGAUACAUCCAGCUAAAUAUAAACAAGCAUUUUUUCCAUCCGAAUCGAUACGAACAGAAAAUUUGAAUAAAAAUGUUAAAAAUUUACCAUUUUCUUUGCAUAAACGUAAAACCUCAUCAUCAUCAUCAUCAUUAUCAUCAUCAUCAUCAUCAUCAUCAUCAUUGAAAGGAAAUAAUAAAAUAAUCAAUUCAGAUGUUAUGCCAAUACCGAUGAUAAAACCACAUAGACAUGGUGCAACAUUAGGAUUUAAUCUGCCUGAACAAGGAUUAACAUUAUAUUUGGAUAUAAAUGAAUUGGCCACCAAACCAAUGGCACAGAAUAUUGGUUUAAAAGUUGUUGCACAUAAUAAAAAUAAACACCAGAAAGAUCCAAAUGAUGAUGAUGCCAUUCAACAAAAACAUAAUGGUCAAGAUGGUCCGAAAAAAAUUGUUGUGAAGAAAGCAAAAUUUCGUUAUCAAAUGACCAAUGAUUCGGUGAGAAAACCAUUUAAAGUUGUAGCGAAAAAAGCCAAUGAUUUGUACAAUAAUGAAAGGUUAUUAUCACCAAUGCAGGCUAGAUUAUCUCAACAACAACAACAACAGCAACAAAAUACAACCAUGGCCACCACCACCAUGAAUAUCAAUCGUACGGAUAUACCACCAAGUGCAUCACGAAUUCCAAAUACAUAUAGUUCAUAUAAAAAUGAUCAAUAUCAAGUAGACAUGGCAAAUAUUGCCGAACAUAAACAUGAUAUAAUGCGUGCAACAACUCAGAUUCCUCUGGAAACAACAACAUUUUGGAUGGCAAGAAAUCUAAAAGACACAAAUUCAUAUUUAAAUGAACCAAAUGAUCUGGUUACGAAUGGUAACACUUUGGAGGCAAAAGUUCGUAAACAAGAAAUGAUUGAUAAUGAAUUGGUUGCACAAAUGCAGCUAUUGUUGGAGAAAAGUACCAAAUUGAUUGAUUUGUCUGCCAAUACUUGUGCGGAAAAAAUGAUGCAAUGUAAUUCACGUGAUAUUUGUGCAACAGGAACCGUUUCAAUCAUAGCCAAUACAUCGACAACAAUACGUGAAAUUGCUCAACAAUUAGAUGCACAUCUAAUUCUUAAUGAAGUAUCCAAUUUAUUCGAAAAUGAAUUACAAGAUUUUAUGGAUUUUUCCACUAAAGGAUAUACAAUAAUUCUGCCAUCAAAUGAUGCUGUUCGUCAUUUACCACCGAAUCUAUUGAAACGUUGGCGUAAAAAUAUGGAAACAUUCAUGUUGAAUGGCUAUCUAAUUGAAGGCAUUCAUACUAUCGAAUCUUUAUCCAAUAACAUGAUGAUUUCAACUCGUGGUAAAACAAAACUAAUCAUUAAUCGACCAUUCAAUAAAACAUUUACAAUCAAUGGACAACGUGUGAUACAUGCAAAUCAGAAAACAUCAAACAAUGGCCUAGUACAUGUGAUUGAUGGAUUACUUUAUCCAGGUUCAGAUAAAGAUAUAAUUGAUACUUUGAAAGCUUGUGGACGUUUUGAUGGUUUCGUCACUUUAGUCGAAGGAACUGGUUUUGCUGAUCUUCUCCGUAAAGAUGGACCAUUCACUGUAUUUGUGCCUAGUAAUGAUGCAUUACAAAAAGUUCCGGAUACUGAUCUAGAAGUGAUACGACGAAAUAUGACAGCUUUGAAAGAAUUCCUGAUGUAUCAUGUUGCACAAGGAGCUUAUUAUAGUCAAGAUUUAAGAGAUGGACAAUUUAUACCAUCAAUUCUUAGCGAACAAUAUUUACAGGCUGGUGUCCGUGUUGAUGGAUGUUCACGACGAUUAGUCGAAGUGAAUGUAUCACCAUUAUAUCGUGCCGAUAUUGCAGCAUCGAAUGGUGUUAUUCAUGUUAUUGAUUGGAUUCUUAAACCGGAUGAUAGAGAUUGGUGUGAUGGCAUUAUAUUACCAAAACGUCGAUAA